UGAGCCCUAGUCCGGACCCACCGUGGACACCACCGUGCCUGUGGACGCCCUCCUUGCCCCCAGGAUGAAGCACAGCCUUGACCAGCCCAGCCCUGCCCUGGGACACGCCACUGGUGUCCCCCUGGGGGCCUCCCUCAGGAGCAGCCUUUUUUCUGGCCUUCUGUUCCUUCUGGCCCAGGCCUGGGCCCAGCUGUGGAGGGUGGGACUCCAGCCCAAGCCUAGAGGAGAAGCAAAGCUUGUGAACUCUGAAGCUAGAGCUGAGGAGGAGGAGAGCACCUUUGUCCAGACUCCAGGAGCUUGGCCUGAAGUCAGAAGAGCCCAGGCCAACUCUUGCCCCCUGCCCUGGACUAGGCAAGUGAGGAAAGAGGGUGAUAAAAGAACUGCUGAAGGCCCAGCCAGCUGUGGGUCUGGAGAACAGAAGGUCCGUGAUGGAGCAGCCAGGAGAGAGAAGCCUGGCAGUAGGCCUGCAGGCCUGGCCCAGCAAGAUGAUGGACAGGGGGAGGAGGGAGCAGCUAGAGGCCUCCUCAUGGGACGAAGGGCCCACUGGCCUGGAGAGGACAAGGUGAAUGAGAAUGAAGAUGUAGGAGGACAGGCCCCAGGAUCAGCUGAGCAAAGUCCCCCUUCCCUUGUGGACAGCAGCCCCCAGGGGCUCUGGCCUUUGGCCUGGCAGCUCAGAGAAGAGGCAGAUGAGAGGGGAAUGGGGGGAGCUGAAGAAGGUGAUAGUGAAGGACGAGUAGGCAGGCAGCCUCCUCCUGUGCUCAGCAGCCCCCUGCUCAGGGCCUGGGCCUACAGACCUGGAGAGGAUGAAGAUGAGGAUGAGGAAGGAGGAGAUGAGGAUGAGGAAGAUGCGUCUGAUGAGGAAGGAGCAGCAGGCAGCCAGCCUCCUGUGCUCAGCAGCCCCCUGCUCAGAGCCUGGGCCUACAGACCUGGAGAGGAUGAAGAUGAGGAUGAGGAAGGAGGAGAUGAGGAUGAGGAAGAUGCGUCUGAUGGGGAAGGAGCAGCAGGCAGCCAGCCUCCUGUGCUCAGCAGCCCCCUGCUCAGGGCCUGGGCCUACAGACCUGGAGAGGAUGAAGAUGAGGAUGAGGAAGGAGGAGAUGAGGAUGAGGAAGAUGCGUCUGAUGAGGAAGGAGCAGCAGGCAGCCAGCCUCCUGUGCUCAGCAGCCCCCUGCUCAGGGCCUGGGCCUACAGACCUGGAGAGGAUGAAGAUGAGGAUGAGGAAGGAGGAGAUGAGGAUGAGGAAGAUGCGUCUGAUGAGGAAGGAGCAGCAGGCAGCCAGCCUCCUGUGCUCAGCAGCCCCCUGCUCAGGGCCCGGGCCUACCAGCCUGAAGAGGAGAAUGAGGAACAGGAAGAUGCCAAAGGAGAAACUGUAUGCAGGGUGGGCCCUGGGCUGCAGCCCUUCUGUGUUUCCAUCUUUGUUCCUGGGGCUGAGCAGCCACCCCCCUGGCCCUCACCCCAGCUACCCCAGAGGCUGAAGAGGCGCCUGCGGCCCCGACAGACCCCUGUGGAGCUAGAGCCUGAGUCCCCUCCAGGCAGAAAGGUCCGCUUCUCCAGCACCGUGGAGCUUCACCUCCUUGUGGUAUGGGCAGGUCCUGCCCGUGCUGCCCGCCGGGGUCCAUGGGAGCAGCUAGCACGAGAUCGGAGUCGCUUCAUGCGUCGUAUCGCCCAAGUUGAGGCCCAGCUGGGCUCUCUCUUGUGCCCCGCCACACGUGCCCGUGCUUGGGCGCGUCUCCAAGCACAGACCAUUUCCCCAGAGCCACAGAAGCCCUCCUCCCCACCUGCUGUUGUCCUGUCUUCCUCCCAAGGUGGGCCCUGCCACCCCCCACCCCAGCCAGUAGCUUGGUCAAAGUCAGCCUCUGUAAAAUCCUAGGAAAAAGCCUGGGCUAAGCCUUGCUUAGCCUUCUCCUUGUAGGCGGGUGGCAUAUAUGUGAGGAGCCUUCUCGAGAAGGUCUUAUGGGGGUGGGUAGGAUCGAUUGGGAGACUGGCAACUCCAGGAGGGCCGGAAGUAUUUGGUUACUCUUGUCUUUAUUCCUAAGGCCUCACAUAGUAAGCAUUUAAUAAAGAUUUGUUGAAAGUA